AUGUCGGCUCAGCAGGAUCCCACCCAGCAGGGUGACGACAACGGUCUGUCCAAGUACAUCAAACGCAUGCGCACCGUCCUGAAGCGAAGCUCGACCUCCAAGUCCGCGCCGCCCGCCAGCGUGCAGGAGACGCCCGCCGCAUCCCAAUCCAAGACGCCCACGGCCCCCAAACCCUCCACGACCGCCCCCGUGCCCGCAAAGAAGCCAGUGCGCAAGCCGGCCCCCGAGCCCACCGUGUUGACCCAUUGGAGCGCCAUCCAGGAGGAACGCGCCCGCGCCUUGUUUGCCAAAUAUGGAAUGACUUUGGAGCCGGGCGAGUGGAAGUCGUCGAGCGACAUGACCGUCAAGCGCGUCACCAAGCCCAUCCGCAUGCGUGUCCGCCGCACCUGCCACCGCUGCCAGACCACUUUCGGCCCUAACAAGGUCUGCGUCAACUGCCAGCACGCCCGUUGCAAGAAGUGUCCUCGUCAUCCGCCGGCCAAGACCCAGGACCACACCGAGACCGCCCUCCAUACGCUGGUGGCCAAGGGCAAGACGCCCGCCGUGCCCACGAAGAUCCGGGAGCCGCCCUUGACCAUUCCCUCGCGCACGGGCGGUCAGGAUCUCAUUCGCAAGCCCAUUCGUCAGCGGGUCCGGCGCACCUGUCAUCGAUGCCAGACGACUUUUGCUGCGGGGGCGACCGAGUGUGCCAGCUGCCAUCAUAUUCGCUGCAAGAUCUGUCCUAGAGACCCACCCAAGUUACACAAGUACCCCGACGGCUAUCCUGGGGACGCGGAUCCCCCGAAGGAGCUCCCUGCACGGACCUUCAAGAAACCCCGACAGCGGGUGCGGUACUAUUGUCACAAAUGCUCCACCAUGUACAUGGCCGGGGUGAAGAUAUGCGGGACCUGUGGCCAAGAGAGAGGACCGGAAACUAUACGAGACCCACCCAAGAAACGGAAACCGGAAGCCGAUCCGGAGAUUGUCAAGCGGGUAGAGGAGCGAUUGAAUGGCCUCAAGCUGAGCGCCGGAUAG